UUGCAUUUUGAAGAUAUGGCUUAUUUCAACUAUUCCCUAUUCGCCUCUAUGGCCAGAUCAAGAGGAGCAAACAGCUUUAUGCACAACACUUGGUGCAGACCAGUGGUGGUUCUGCAUUUCCAUGAUUUUCAUUCAAACAGAUUAAAUCUCCGAACUGAAGAACUUGGGAGGAUUCCUUCUAUUCUCUUUUGCAAUCUACCUCAUAAUUGUACCUCUUUAGUACCUGUGUGUAACUUCCACCAGUCAGGUCGAUGGCUUGAAGAAUGUAAACAAGCCGCCCACAAACACACUGACAAACCAAGUAUUGGAAAAAAAGGUUUACUUUCGCAAACAAAUGAAAAGGCUGUUGUGAAAAAAUCCUGGAAAGAAAGAAUUGUAAAUGAACUGAAACAUUAUUACAAUGGAUUCCGAUUACUUUGGACCGACAUAAAGAUAGCAACAAGGAUACUGUCAAGAUUACUGCAUGGAUUCCAGCUCAGCCGCAGAGAAAGACGAAGGCUUCUGCGGACCUGUGUUGACCUCUUCCGUCUAGUUCCUUUCGUAAUAUUCCUGAUUGUGCCAUUUAUGGAGUUUUUGCUCCCCGUCGUCUUAAAGCUGUUUCCUGAGAUGUUGCCAUCUACGUUUGAGACAAAAUUGAGUCGGGAACAAAAACAGAAGCAGACCAUGGCAGCAAAACUUGAAAUUGCAAAAUUUCUCCAGGAAACUAUUGUGGAAAUGGCCAAAAGGAAUAAAACAGAAAGUGGAGGAGCUGCCCAACAGUUUUCUUCUUAUUUGCAGAAGGUGCGACACUCGGGAGAACAUCCAAGUACAAAGGACAUAGUACGCUUCUCCAAACUCUUUGAAGACGAGUUAACGCUGGAACAUCUCAACCGUCCUCAACUGGUGGCACUCUGCAGGCUUUUGGAACUGCAGCCCAUUGGUACAAACAACUUGCUUCGCUUCCAACUCCAAAUGGAAUUGAGAUUCAUAAAAGCAGAUGAUGAAAUGAUUGCCCAAGAAGGCUGUGAAGUUUUGACCGUGUCGGAACUGCAGACAGCGUGUAGAGCGAGGGGUAUGAGAUCAUUGGGACUGACGGAAAAGCAACUGCGGCAGCAGCUCACUCAGUGGCUGGAGUUGCAUCUGAAGGAGAAUGUGCCCCCGUCGCUGCUGCUGUUGUCCCGUGCUAUGUACCUGACCGACGUCAAACCAAUUACUCCUGCCGUUAAAGUCCCAAUCAUCCAGCUGGGCAUUACUGUUUCCCCGGACAAACAGCCACCAGGCAAAGAGAGCGCUGAAAAACCAACCCCACCGAGCUCUGGAUCUCGUGACCUGGCCGCAACACUGGAAAACAUCAAGACUCAAGAAAUGAAAGAGUCCCAGAAAAGCAAGGCCAGUGCAAACGGCUCGUGAUGCAAGGAUCUCGUCACCGUGGACAUGCUGUUAAAGCAGAGUGGCCUCUUUUCUCCAGUUGACCAAUUUAACUAUACCAAUGGACAUUAAUGGGCUGGAGAUAUCGCCUUGACUGAUGCUUCAUUGCUGUUUAGACAUGAGAUAUCACUUACACAGUCACCUGUGUACGAAAGCCGCAUCCGAGCAGAAUCAUCACGCCACGUCCAACCUGAGAAAAAGCAAAGCAAUCAUAAAAUAAUAAUGUGUAUGUAAGCUAUUGAUUUUUCUCACUUGACAUCAGGCACUGCUAUUGGAACUGGAACCAGGUUAAAUAACCCCACUCCUGUAACUGCACAAUGCGCAGAAAGUCCACACUACAGUGUAUAAACAGAACCUUCUGGAACAUCUCAUGAAUGAAUUCACGCAAUGUAUCGUUUUAAUGGGGCGGACAAAACCCAAGUCACACCUUACAGUGUGAUCUCUUUUUAAAAAUUGCUAAUUGUUACGACAUAACUGGCAUAUUUAUACUGACUUGGUGCAGCUACCUAUCGCAGAGACCAGGGCAAAUAGAAAGCAUAUAAACUUCAUGCUGUGGCUCGUACUGCGGCCUUUUAAACAGGGAUUGCUACUGUGCUGGUCGACUGCACUGUGAGCUAGAUGCCCCGCUAAGCAGGUCACUCUAAACAGAAAUGUUCCUUUGCCAAACACCCCAAGUAUUAUCAAUACCCAGGGAAGGCAAUUUAUCGCAGAAUGCAAGAUUUUGAAGUUAUUUUGUCUGGUGCUGAACAUGAAUUUUGCUUAUCUGCUAUUGUUUGGUUUGUAGAAAUGUUGCAAAAGAAUUGUCUCACCCUUUCCAAUUUGGAGAUGUACUGUUUUAUUAAUUCAUAACUAAAUACAUGCCUUCUUUUGUAAA